ACCCAGACAUAGAGAUUGAACAGAAACUAGCGAGGAGGGCUGAGUUCUAACUCAUUUCCUCUGACAAGCAAGUAAAUAAGAAGCAUCUUACCCUAGAGGGUGCAGUGGAGGAACAGGUCAGGUGGGAGACAGUUGUGAUAGGUGCCUGAGCAGCCCUGGGAAGCUCCUGAAAUGUCCCGGUCUCCUUCUUUGAUCCUUUCCAUUCCUGAAGACAGCGAAAGCCCUAGCCAGGACCCCAGCCCAUAUGAUGAGAGCAUUGUACACGCCUCUCCAUCAACUCAUCAGGAACAGAGUCAGCAGGCUGAAGCUGAAUCUAUGGAACUCCAUGAGUGGCCUCCUAGGGACAAAGGUGGAGGUUCCCAUCCCCGCAGGGCCCCCCAGGAAUAUAGCUCAGCCACACUUCGGAUCCUGGCCAAUAUGCCCAGUCGAACCAUCGGCCGAAGCAGGGGGGCCAUUAUCUCUCAGUACUACAAUCAAACAGUCAAGCUGAGGCGGAAGAACAGCCGACUGCUGAGGGCCAUGUCAGGAUCUGCCCGACGUAUUCGGCAAUAUGACUUGGAGUCGGACUUGACCCCCAGGGAAGAGGAAGAAAAGCGGAGCUUGUUGGUGAAGGAACUGCAGGGCCUGACAAUAACCCAGAGGAACCACAUGCUGCGGGACAUGCCCCUGAGCCUGGCUGAGAAACGCUGCAUCCGACAGGAUAGCUGUAUCCAGAGAGGAAGACAUAGGCACCCCCACGGCAGGCAGACCCAGUUGUAUUGCUGUAGUCGCCUCAAGUAUCAUUGUAUUAUUGUAAGCUUCCGCAGCUUGUGGUAUGGCCUUCUUUCUGGUCUGUAUGCCCUGAAGCCCUGGCAUUACUCUCUGAAGCAAAUCAGCGGCCAGUUCGGCUCCAGUGUCCUCUCCUACUUCCUCUUUCUCAAGACCUUGAUCUCCUUUAACAUCCUGCUUCUCCUCCUGCUGCUGCCCUUCAUUGUGGCCAUGCAGGUGGCCUUUCCCCCUGCUUCGGAGUCCCCCGUCUCCCAGUCGUUCACGGGCCUGGAACUCUUCACUGGAGGGGGCCGAUUCACCCACACAGUGAUGUACUAUGGCUACUACAGUAACUUCACCUUGAACCAACCAUGCUCCUCCCAUCAGAACAGUGACCUCUGCCCUCCAAAGGCAGUCCAUCUGCCGUAUAACAUGCCCCUGGCCUACCUCUUUACUGUUGGUAUUUCCUUCUUUACCACCUGCAUCACACUGGUAUACAGCAUGUCUCGUUCCUUUGGAAAGAGCUACCAAGUAGGCAGUACCCUCGGAGUCCAUGCCAUCACUGUCUUCUGCUCCUGGGACUACAGGGUAACCCAAAAAUGGGCUUCUCGUCUGCAACACGACAACAUUAGGACACAGUUGAAGGAGCUGUUGGCUGAGUGGCAGCUGAAGAAGAACCGGAGGAGUGUGUGUGGAAGGCUGAGACAGAUGAUGGUGCUGCUUGUGGUGUGGCUGUUGUCCCUGGCUUCUGCCUUGGGUUGUGCCAUCGCUGUUUACUUGUUCUCAGAGUUCAUGCAUGAGAACCAUGAGAUUAGGACCCAGAAGAUCAGUGAGAAGCUCCAGGAAGCCCGUCUGCUGGCUCUGCCCCUCAUAGUCUCUAUCAUAAACCUGGUGGUUCCCUAUCUCUACAAUGUCCUGGCCAUCUGGGAGCAGCAUGAUUCUCCUGUUUUGGAGGUGUAUGUGGCCAUUUGCAGGAACCUGAUUCUCAAGAUGGUUAUUCUGGGACUUCUCUGCUACCACUGGAUGGGCCGUAAGGUUAGAUCGAUGGAAGACCAGUGCUGGGAGACAUUUGUGGGGCAGGAGCUCUACCGCUUCAUGGUGAUGGACUUCAUCUUUACACUUGUGGACACCCUCUUUGGGGAGCUGGUCUGGAGGCUCAUCACAGAAAGGAUGAAGCAGGAUCGGAAACCAGAGUUCGAUGUUGCUCGAAAUGUUCUGGAGCUAAUUUAUGGACAGACCCUGACCUGGCUGGGUGUUCUCUUUUCCCCUCUUCUCCCUGCCAUCCAGCUUCUCAAGCUCCUGUUCCUGUUCUAUAUCAAGAAGAUCAGCCUGAUGGCAAACUGCCAGGCACCUAGGAAACCCUGGAGAGCUUCGCACAUGACCACUGUUUUCAUCACACUCCUCUGCUUCCCCUCCUUCUUGGGGGCUGCCAUAUUCCUCUCCUAUGCCAUCUGGCAUGAAGGCCCUCCAGGACUUGUAGGCCCCUACCGGACCUUGAACACUAUUUAUGAGGCUGCAAAGAUCUGGAUUCAUCACCUGGAGGAUGCCAGCCCCAGUGUUAUUUGGUUUACCUGGGUCCAUCAGAAUCUGGUGGAAAACACCUUUUGUAUUUUCCUGCUAUCAGCCAUGCUCUUAGCUGUCAUCUACUUCAAUAUCCAGGUGGUAAAGGGACAGCGGAAAGUCAUCUGCCUCCUCAAGGAGCAGAUUAGUAAUGAGGGAGAAGACAAAAUCUUCCUCAUCAACAAGCUUCACUCCAUUUAUGAGAAGAAGGAAGCCAAUAGCUAAAGGUCUGAAGCUAAGAGAGUGCAGCUAAGAUCCCUGAGGCCCCAAAGUUGAAGCAUACUUAAGGCUGAAGAACAAAGGUAAAGGUUCAGAGCUCGAGGCUGACCUGGUCAGAGACCAACCACUGAAAUUGGGAAUUUAUUCAGCAAUGAAUUCCACUUCCUCUCCCCAUUCUCUUUCUUCAAGUUUACUGGGGAAUGGCCUGACUUAGUAUUUAUUUGAAAUA